GCAAUCGCGAUUUUUAAAGGAGUCUUUCUCUUUUCCUACGUCUUUAACAGGAUGAAAAACGACGAUUAAGUUAUUAUGAAAAAAUUGAAUGUAGGUCUUUUUACACAAGUAUUGGAAAUCAAGUUAAAAACCACCUAUCACCGAUGUCGCCAACCUUGUAAAGAAUAUCACCGCCGCCAUCCCUCCUAAGGAUGCCGCUGGUCCUUCAAAAGCCACUACUGGCACUCCAAAGGAUAACACCAUCGCCAUCCCCCCCUUCAAAGAAUGCCGUUGACUCUUUAAAAAUCACCGCUGUUUUUUUGAAAGUCACAACUGGCUCUUCGAAAGUUGCCGUCGCUGUCGUCAGCCUUCCGAAGAAUAUCACCACCGCUAUCCCUCCGAAAGAUACCGCUAGUCCUUUAAAAGUCGCCACCGCCACUGCCAAUCUUCCGAAAGAUAACACUGCCGUCCUCUCAUCGAAGGACAUCGCUGCCGCCUUCCGAAGAAUGAUCCUUCCUCUUCCUCUUCUUCAAAUCUGUCAUGGCGAUCAAGAGGAAGGCGGAAAACAGAAAAAAUCCUAAUCCAUCAAACUAUUUCAAUCUGUUGCUUCAUAUGGCAAUAGAAUUUGAAAAAUUUUAUGGGGAAGAAAGGGAAAGAGAAAA